AAGAGAGAUGUAACGAUAUGCUGAUUAGCGGUGACGAGGGAAUCAAUAAUGUAUAUAUACUGAGCACGGGACAACAGACCCGGUCUAGAGAGUCACAGGACCGUUAUACCAGGUGCAAACAUUUCAGGUGUAUGUAGCAUUUUCGAUACAUUCUAAAUUGCCGUAUUUACCAGAAAUAAUGGAUUCCCCGAGAGUUCGCCAGACUUACACAAGUCGACUUUCGAGUAACAGCAGAGUGGACGUAAAUGCCUCCAUGGACAUGAACAAUGUUCCUCCCGAACAUCUAAAGUACCGAUCACCACUUGUUUCCCGGUACGCUAGCCCAGAGAUGGCGUACAACUUCAGCGAAAUGAAGAAGUUUUCCACAUGGCGAAGACUUUGGACGUGGUUGGCGACAGCUGAACACAACCUGGGACUAGAUAUUACAGAGGAACAGAUUUCACAAAUGGAACAAAACAUCAAUAACAUUGACUUCGAAAGAGCCACACAGGAAGAGAAACGAGUACGUCAUGAUGUCAUGGCGCACGUAUAUACGUUCGGCGCGUGCUGUCCUUCUGCCGCUCCCAUAAUACAUUUGGGCGCCACUUCCGCCUACGUUGGAGACAACACUGACUUGAUAGUCAUGAGAGAUGGCUUCGACAUUUUAUUACCCAAACUGGCCCGGUGUAUACAAAGGCUGUCUGUCUUUGCCAAAGAGUACAAAGGUCAACCGUGCCUAUCUUAUACUCAUCUACAACCGGCCCAACUCACCACUGUGGGGAAAAGAGCGUGUAUUUGGGUACAAGACCUUUUAAUGGACGUUCGGAACUUGGAGACAGUACGGAACAACAUCCGGUUUAGGGGAGUUAAGGGGACAACAGGCACACAGGCAAGCUUUCUAUCCCUGUUUGACGGCAACGAUGAAAAGGUUGAAAUAUUAGAUAAAUUAGUAACGGAAGCUGCUGGUUUUGUAAAACAUUUCAUGAUCUGUGGUCAGACAUACAGCAGAAAGGUGGACGUGGACUGUCUGAGUACGUUAGCCAGUAUGGGAUCUACUGUGCACAAGAUAUGUACGGACAUUCGGUUACUGGCGAGCUUCAAAGAGGUAGAGGAACCCUUUGACAAGGAACAAACAGGGUCUAGUGGUGUACCGUACAAACGUAACCCUAUGAGGAGUGAGCGUUGCUGUGCCUUGGCGCGUCACCUGAUGUGUCUGGUCCAGGACCCGCUAAUGACAGCGUCUGUUCAAUGGAUGGAACGGACACUUGAUGACAGUGCUAAUAGGAGAGUUUGUUUGGCAGAAGCCUUCCUCACGGCAGACAUAGUUCUCAGUACUCUCCACAACAUCUCGGAUGGAUUGGUGGUCUACCCAAACGUAAUAGAAAGACGAAUCAGACAGGAAUUACCAUUUAUGGCGACUGACGUGAUCCUAAAGGCAAUGGUCAAGGCUGGUGCGAACAAACAGGAAUGUCAAGAGAAAAUUCACGCUAUAUCCCAAGAGUCCGGAAUUGAAAUAAAGCAAUAUGGUGGUGAAAACGACUUUCUGGAACGGAUUAGAAAAUCUUCAUAUUUCCAACCUAUUUACCACGACCUCGAUGACCUAUUAGAUCCCAAGAAUUUCAUUGGCCGAGCUCCAAACCAGGUAAGCAGAUUCCUGGAAGAGGAAGUGAAACCAAUCAUAGUAACAUAUGCCAACAUAAUGGAUGACAUCGCACAACUUGACCUUUAACCUGGGACAGUCUCUCUGCAAAAAUCUAAUGUUCGUCUAACCUUGUUUCGCCAUAAUAUUUCGCAAAAAUCUGAGGUCAAAAAGUAAAAACAACAAAAAACAAAAUAAAAAAAAACAAACAAAAAGACGCAUUCUGUGUGAUCCAACGUUUAAUACAACUGAAAUCUCGCGAUUUAAAUUGGUUAAUCUGAAAAUGAUCGAGCGACUUCCUCAGUGUUUUAAAGAAUUAAAAAUGAGCUGACAGUUAUCAUGAUUACAGCGAUCGAAUAGCAAUGCCGGUCACUUGAAAUCCUCAAUUAAGGAUUUAACAGAAUAAAACCACACAUCGUGCACUACAAUCCCCAUCUAUAUGUGUUAAAGCCAGAACAUUAUUUGAUUUCCUUUCACUCGUGUUCCUUCCUGGCAGAAUAGUUCCAAUACAAUCAAUAGAGAAGUAUUUUUAAAAUGUUACAUCUAAGUCUGCUAUCUUGAGGGUAAAAACGAUGCGGAAAGGAACAAAGGUAUCACUCUGGAAAGUCAUUACUAAACCCUUGCGGUAAAUCUUGGGAAGAUAUUUCAACUGUGCAAAUGUUGACAGAAAAACAGAAAUAGUUAUUUGCAUGAUUUAAAAUGCUAACCAUAACCUUAUAUCAUUGUUAGUAAAUGUUGAUCGUACUUCCAGUGACAUCUUCAAUUACAAGGAGGUUGUUUUAUCCAAUUGGUAAAUUUUGGGGAGUUUUAAGCGAAAAAGCAUUACUUACUCUUCUACUUUAAAAGGAAUACCGAUAAUGACGAGAAAAUAGCCAUCUUUACAUUAAUACGACAGAUUUACUCUCAAAAUAAACCACAUUCUUCGAGUAUUAUGUCCUGAUAAUUACCAAUUCGACCCGAACUAUCACUCAUUACCGCAAAGACAUACAGUAUUUGUAUGCGAUACGCUUUUGUCCUCUACAUUUCGGCGUUAGUUUCAUUACAUGUAGGUACAAACACUCGUAUCAUCAUCGUUUGGACAUUACUUCAUCAAUAGAAAUUGUGCAUGCUUCUGAUGUCCGAACGAAGGAAUGUCCCUUUAAAGAAUCGCCACCUUCUAAUAUUAUGGGUUGGUAAAAUUAUUAUAUUGUUUUAAUGAAUUGUUGUAUAAUUUAAACUAUUUGUUAAUUUGUGCAAAGUACAUUGUAUCUGUAAUAAAUGUCAAGCUAAGUAUUC